CUACAUAAAACUAAAUGCACUGAUUCGCCCCUGAGAGAAACGACAACAAUAACAAUGCUAAGUUUAUCAGUUCUUUAGAUCGGGACCAGCAUAAAUAAGCGAACAAAUUUUAAUUAAAACCAUGUCAGUUCGACGACAUUGGAAAAAGUGAUCCAUUGUUUGCCAAUUGUAAUAUUCCAGAAGUGACGUCAUUGCAAGAGAACUGCGCAGUGUAAAAACAACAAAAACUAAACACACACACAAACAAACACAAAUAUCUCGGCUUGAAAAGUGUUCCGUACGUCUGUCCGUCCCGACUUUUACCAUCGGGGAAAGCUGGUGUGGUGCGGAGGAGGUGUGUGAUCCCACAUCUAGUGGAAAAUUGUUAAUUUCACUUUUAACCACAACAAGACCAAAGGGCGAUAUCAGAGCAGAUUUGUUGUUUUUAAAUUAGUUUAACAAUGACUGGGGACGAGAAGCUACCACUUAGGCAGACAGAGGUCUCCAUACAGAGAUUCCAAGACAUGGCCGUGCCCCAUCAUCUAGGAUUGCUGCAAAAUCAUCGCAGCAACAUUGAGAAGAGUCUGGCAUUGGGCGACUGGCAGAAGAUUAAAAAGGAAGAGCUCAAUGCCAUGCGGGUGAUUAAACAGAUUAAGAAUCUCUUGGUUGAAAUGGAGGCGUUGCGUGAAAAAGUGCGAGACGAGGAUCUGGAACGUUUUGACAAUCUAAUGCGUCCUGGCAAAGAAAAGGCCUUGGCUGGAGUUAAAGAAUUCUCAGAGCUGCAACUGAAAUCGCCGAGUUCCACUUUCAGCGAUGAGGAUCAGGAUCAGGAUGUGGAUAUAAGUCAAGUUUCUGCACAUCAGAGGACUCUGCCACAGUUGCAAACGAAUUUUCAACUAGAGGAGCAUCAGCUGGCCCAACGGGAGGCCUGUCUGGCGCAAAUGGAAAACCUACAACGUGAGAUAUAUGAUCUGCAUGGCAUGUUCCAGGGUAUGAGACAAAUCACAGCGGAACAAUCGGUGGCUGUCCAGGCCAUUGCUGACAAUGCCGAGGAGGCCCUGGAGAAUGUCCAAGAAGGCGAACGGCAAUUGCGCAGUGCUUUAACCUAUAAGAAGGCCAUGUAUCCAGUAGUGGGCGCUCUUCUGGGUACCUGUGUGGGUGGGCCCAUUGGUCUUGUUGCUGGUAUUAAGGCAGGCGGUUUGGCAGCUGUUGGAUGCGGCAUUCUCGGUUUUACUGGCGGCUCAGUACUAAAAUCGAAUCCAAAUGUAAUGCAUGGCAAUAUUGAGGAGCAGGAGGCCAAUCCGAAUCAGGAGACUGACGCAUCCGGUGAGAAAUUAGAGCUCAAAGAGAAACCCGAAUGACCCAAUAAGUGCACUGCCCUGGCCACAACGCAUAUUUGGUCAACAAAUACACGACGCCUGGAAGCUGCCAGCACGGGUGUUAUGUGCAACGUUCGCAGCUAUUGUUCCAUACAGUAAACCAUACUCGAACCACCUCGACUCAUACACCACCCCCGAUUGUGAUUUGACGUGCAAUGGAUCACUUUUCUCCUUCUGCCCGAUCCCUAUCUCUCUUAUUGUUUAGUUUAAGCGUUAGUUAAUUAUUGUUUUAGAAUUUGUGUCUAGCUCUAAGCCUUCAAUAUGCAAUACACAAACAUGUAUCGAAA